AAUCAAUCAAAAGGACCAAAGUUAACUAAUCUAGUGGUCCCAGAUGAUGAAAGUCUGUCCAGCCUGGAUAUUGACUCCGUGGAAAUGGCCCAGGAAACUGCUUCAGACACAAACAGUACAAUAAAAACUGGACAACAGCAAAGGACGGGAAAUGGUCCCAUAAUAAUUGGCGGGAAAGAAUACGAUGGUGUUGGCAAAGAUGUCACAACUGGUAAAAAGUAUAUGUAUAAUACAAGAACUGGAGACAAGAUCUAUGUUACAGAUGAAAUACUGAAGGGAGCUGUUGAGCAAAGAGAAAGUGUUGUGACCAGCGAUUUCAAUGAAAGGCACGGAGCCAAAAUGAGUACAUUUAAAACACCACCGAUUCGUAGGAAAACUAGCAGAACACGCUUUAGUACAACGACUAUUUGGGAAAUGAAUGUCGACCACGAUCCUGACCAUGAUGCGAAUGGCAAUGGGGAAGAUAAUGUAUUUGAUUCAGACUGUAAGAAAGCUGAUAAUGAUAUACAAAGAGAAUCCAGUUUCGUCAGAAAGCGACGUACAGGUGUUGAUUAUACCAAAGGGAAACAAAACAUUGCAUUACAAACUGGCGAUCGAAACAAAACAGAGGAUUCUGGAAUGUCUGAUAACGGAAAUAAAGACACAGGUUCAAAAAAGAAAGACAGUGCCACAAGUAUCGAAAGUAUUGAGUUAGAUAAACAUGAUAAUUUGAAGAACAACGAGGCCUUGUUGAAGCAGGCGAACACUGAAACAGAAAAAGAUGUUAAAGAUGAGACCAUUGCUUUUGCUAAGCCCGUAAAAACGGAUGACACAGAGGCAGAUAAUAACGACGAAGGAGGUCCAUCUUGUGAAGGAACUGACAAAAAGGAAGCUGCAGUUAAGACUGUCAAAUUUGUCAGACCAGUAUACAAACCACUGAAUCUAGAAAAUGUCACAUGCAAGGUUCCGAAAGGUAAGUCAGAAAAGAAGGAUUGCCUUUCGAAAGAUCCUUUCUACGCUGGAUGGGCCAAGAUAGUGGGUCGACGAGUGUCUACGAAGAAUGUAAAAAAGCCUGAUGGGCCUUCUAAAGCGGUAACCGUCCGCGAAGGACGUUCUCUGCCGGCAAAUAUCGCAGUCCCUUUGAUUUCAAACCAGCCAUCUAUAUAUAAACCGCGGAAACUUAUGACUCUGGAUAUUCCAUAAGCUUCGUGCCAAUGCUGUCGGAAAAGAAUUGAUACUGGAUCUAUGAGCACGUAAAACAUAAACAACAGUAACAAACGUACUUGUUAUACAGUAGUUUGUGUUGUUACAAGGCUUUAAUCUAAUGUUUUGUAAAAUUUUGAACUUCAAUUUUAGUUGUAUGUUAAAGAUACAUAUAUUCAAUGCCUUUGUAUACUAGUAUUCAUUUGUAUAUAUACUUUGGUUAUGACACAGGCAGUACUACUUCUGCCGGUAUUCUUUCCUGUCUCUGUAUAAAUGUUUAUGUUAUCUAUCAACAAUGUCACGCUCUGUGAUAUUAAGAAAGAAUUAACUAAUACAUACCUUCCAAAUACUCCUCGAAAAAACAUACGCACGCAAAACAAAAGAAAAACAUGCAUAUUUGCCUUUAGUUAUUAUACGAAAUUUUAUUUUUGAUUUACAAUAAAAAAUCACUACAAAGCACAAGUGAAACUGGACAUGUCGUUUGAUUAUAUUUGAGGAAGAUUACAACAUGAUCUUAAAUACAAAUAUACAGUCUCACAUCAAAAUCAUUUCACACAUAAAAUAACAACAUUGCAAUGUGUUACACUACAUCCAUGCAGGUACAUUCAUUUUGAAAGAAUAUAGAUUAUAUAAAUACACAUUUUGAUUACCGAAGUAGGAACACUUGAUGUACAAAACCAUGUUAUAAAUUAUCUGAACUUGAUGAAAAUAUAGAUAGGAAAAGCCAAGUUUUCUCGCUGUUCGUGUUCUUACUCUUACAUUUGUAGACAAAAAAACAUACAAGAGAAGAUAAUAUAUACUAUAGUUAUUAUUUAAAGACCCACCACAACUAAGUUACCAACUUUUUCUUCCAUGCAGACUUCGUGAAAAUUAUUCUGAUAAUACAGGUAUAAUACAGCUUCACAACAAGAAGACAGAUUGAUGAUUUAAAGCUCUUCCUGAGUUACUGUGCUAACAUCAUUUUUCAGUUUUUUUAUUCAGUCAAUUUCUUUUCAGUAUAUUUUAAACUUUUAAACAAUUAUCUUACCCUGUAGAAACAAGAUUAUGGUCGAAACUUAACUAAACGCAUCAAGUUUAAAUGAAACACAAACAUAUUAUUUUAUCCCAUUAUGUUUGAUAGUUUAUGAAACAAAGUUAUCGAGUUCUCACUAUUUUGUGCAAUCUACUACAUUCAAUCAAUGAAACUGCAAUUGAUUUGCCUCCUAUGUGUAACUGUCAAUAUGUAUCUGUAAAAACAAGGUAGAUAUUUGCAUUUGUCAUAUUUAUGCAAAUCUUGAAUAAUUACCAUCAUGGAAACACAAAGGAAUACAGUCAUUCUGUAGUGGGUCUUAAAGUCUUAGCAUGUCAGCAUCUGUCACUGGAAUUGCGAUCGAACUGAACGUGCUAGAAUAGUUACUUCCUUUUUUCUGUAAGUUUUCGUGACGUGAGCAAGUAUGUUAAGGAGGUAGGUUACCUUGUUACCAGGGUAAAUUCAAAUUAGUUUAACCGCAGCAAUUUUUUGUAUUUCGUGUAAUUUAAUGUUUUGACUGUUAUAAUCUCAAUUUCUUUUAUCUCUGGCCCUUCAAGUACAAUUUUUAUACAGGUUCGAAGAACAUGGCCCUCUAAAGGUAUUUUAUAUAGAAAGUAGAAGGAAAAUACGUAUAUUUAACAGUUUUAAGUGCAUUUUGGUUUUAUUGUUAUCCGUAGAAGUCUGCAUUAUUAAUAUUUUUUAUAGUAUGCGCGUUAGCUUUCUAAUAUAAGCUUGAAAUACAUAUGUCGCGGGCUCGUGUUUCCAUGGUAACGCAUUUUCUCUCAUUUUUAAACAACUAUGUAUGAAAACGUGUUUUUCGACGGCUUCAGUGGCAUUCUGUUAAUGACCAACAUGGAAUAGCACUUUACAUGGUACCCUAUUUUUCUUAAAGUUUAAAGUAACCAUGGCAACAGAUAUGUUUAAAAUAACUUAUAUCUUGCUGUUUAUCAUACUUUCUUUCUUGUUAAUGUAGCUUUAAAACAUUUUAAUUCUAACGUAAGUAAUAUUUUCGUGUUAUUUACAAAUUUCACAGCUUAAGAUACUUACAGCAGCACCCCUCGUCUGACAUUUUUUUAUGGAAAAAUCGUUCUGCAUGCUGCUAUUGUUAUUAUGGACAUUGUUGAAAUGAAAAUAAAAUGCCGAAGCUGUGUUCCUUAAAUAGAUCAGUAUCAAAGCUUUUGAAUUUUACAUUUAGAUAUAUAGGGUACGGGCUUCGUUUCCAUGGUAACAUCAUUUUAAUUCAAGAAACCACAAUUUUCUAGUGAAAUUUGGACAAUUUUAGGGCUUAGUUUUAAUAUAUAAGUAACUAAUUAUCAACGGAAACUGAAAAAUAGGUAUUAGAAAUCAAACUGCCCAAUCUUUAUUUGAAAAUGGCCGUAUUAAUUAACCUUUCACCCAGCUAUAUUCCCAAUAACAUUGGUUACCAUCAUCCAUUUUCUUACAUUCCGCAUAACAUUUCAAAAUAGCUACAAUGUAUAUAAAAGAAGCAAAAUACUUUCAAAAUAAAAGCUAUUUAUUUUGCGCGGUAACUGACACGUAACGUCAUGACGUCAAUGACGUCAUUUUAAAGCAACAAUGUUUUGAAGCGUUUCUGCGACAAUUUAUUAAUUAUUUCUGCAUUAUUAAACCAUUAAGCAUCAGAUCGGAGACAGGUUCAUGAUUUUUUUUCUAAAGAAUGGUUAUACGAACACAUUUGGUUUGUCGUAAACGUCGUCGUAAAUCAUCACAUUAGCUUCCGGUUGGACAUGUGCACAUACACAUAUGAAGGUAACCUACCUCCUUAAGUGUAAUUUCAUUCCUUUGAUAAUAUAUGACGAAGAUAACAACAUGAUAAUUAUUAUUCAAAAAUAUACGGUCUCACAUCAAAAUCAUUUCACACAUAACAUAACAUCAUUGAAAUUUAUUGCAUUUACAUUCAUUUUAUAAAAUAUAUAUCACAUCAAUUUUGGUUACUGAAGUAGAAACAAUUAUUA